GAGAGGGGGAGCCGGAAGUCGGCGCGGGCGCCCCUCGGCCGGGCCCGGCUCGAGCGCGGUGACCUUGGCCGAGCCCGGGCGCCGGGGCGAGUCUCGCCUGCCCCGGCUGUGAAAUGGGGAUGCCCGCGGCGCGCCUCGGGCGCUGCGCGACCCCCGACGGCGCUGCAGGGUUCCCCCCCGGCGGCCCCCGGGCCGGCCGCCGAGAUCUAUCCAUACUAAUGGAAAUGUAACUGGAACUUUCUGGUGAUAAAAUCAAAGACCAUCAGACAAGAUCAUGCACUAAGAAUCUUGCUUCCAAAUGAAGUCACCGACAUUUCAAAUUUCUUCUUAUUCUAAGGUUCCCUUCACAACUGCGUCAGAGAAGAAAUUAUAAGCUAAGAAAUAACUAAAUACUACUCAGAGGGAUUUAGAAAUAAGUGGGUUGUUUUAUAGCUGGCCGUAAAUGAAGUGAGAAGAAACAAGAGCCAUCACUAGAAAACAUCAUCCCUCUAUUCCCCUGGAAGCUGCCCUCCGGAGCACGAGAUUUGACCAUAUCUGUUCUGCAGACUCAUUAUGAACAAAGAAGUCUCCCAGGUGUGAAGUUUUUCACCAUGAGUGGCCUCGGGGACAGUUCAUCGGACCCUGCUAACCCAGACUCUCACAAGAGGAAAGGCUCACCCUGUGACACACUGGCAUCAAGUACUGAAAAGAGGCGCAGGGAGCAAGAAAACAAAUAUUUAGAGGAGCUAGCUGAGUUGUUAUCUGCCAACAUCAGUGACAUUGACAGCUUAAGUGUAAAACCAGACAAAUGCAAGAUUUUGAAGAAGACAGUCGAUCAGAUACAGCUGAUGAAGAGAAUGGAACAAGAGAAAUCAACAACUGACGAUGAAGUACAGAAAUCAGACAUCUCUUCAAGUAGCCAAGGAGUGAUAGAAAAGGAAUCCUUGGGGCCUCUUCUUUUGGAGGCUUUAGAUGGAUUCUUCUUUGUGGUGAACUGUGAAGGAAGAAUUGUUUUUGUGUCAGAAAAUGUGACCAGCUACUUGGGUUACAAUCAGGAGGAAUUGAUGAACACCAGUGUCUACAGCAUCCUGCACGUGGGGGAUCAUGCAGAGUUUGUAAAGAAUCUGCUUCCCAAAUCACUAGUAAGUGGAGUUCCUUGGCCCCAAGAAGCAGCACGACGAAAUAGCCAUACCUUUAAUUGUAGGAUGUUAAUACACCCUCCAGAUGAGCCAGGCACGGAGAACCAAGAAGCUUGCCAGAGAUAUGAAGUAAUGCAGUGUUUUACUGUGUCACAGCCAAAAUCCAUUCAAGAGGAUGGAGAAGAUUUCCAGUCAUGUUUGAUUUGUAUCGCGCGGCGGUUACCUCGGCCUCCAGCCAUCACCGGUGUCGAGUCCUUUAUGACCAAGCAAGAUACUACAGGUAAAAUCAUCUCCAUUGAUACUAGUUCCCUGAGAGCUGCUGGCAGAACUGGCUGGGAAGAUUUAGUGAGAAAGUGCAUUUAUGCUUUUUUCCAACCUCAGGGCAGAGAACCUUCAUAUGCCAGACAACUGUUUCAAGAAGUGAUGACUCGUGGCACUGCCUCCAGCCCAUCCUAUAGAUUCAUAUUGAAUGAUGGGACAAUGCUUAGCGCCCACACCAAGUGUAAACUUUGCUACCCUCAAAGUCCAGACAUGCAGCCUUUCAUCAUGGGAAUUCAUAUCAUCGACAGGGAACACAGUGGGCUUUCUCCUCAAGAUGACACUAAUUCUGGAAUGUCUGUUCCCCGAGUAAACCCCUCUGUCAAUCCUGCUAUCUCUCCCGCUCAUGGUGUGGCCCGUCCACCCACAGUGCCGUCAUCUAACAGCAACAUGGUGUCCACCAGAGUGACCCGCCAGCAGGGUUCAGAUCUCCAUAGCAGCAGUCACAGUAAUUCUAGCAACAGCCAAGGAAAUUUUGGAUGCUCACCGGGAAACCAGAUUGUAGCCAGUGUUGCCUUAAACCAGGGACAGGCCAGUUCCCAGAGCACUAACCCCUCUUUACCCCUCAACAACUCUCCUAUGGAAGGUACCGGAAUAUCCCUCACACAGUUCAUGUCUCCAAGGAGACAAGUUAGUUCUGGAUUGACAAGACCCAGGAUGCCAAACAAUUCAUUUCCUCCUAAUAUUCCAACAUUAAGCUCCCCUGUCGGCAUGACAAAUACUGCCUGUAAUAAUAGUAACCGAUCCUAUCCAAACAUCCCAGUAUCAUCUCUGCAGAGUAUGAAUGAAGGACCCAAUAACUCUGUGGGCUUCUCUGCCAAUUCUCCAGUCCUGCGGCAGAUGAGCUCACAGAACUCACCUAGCCGAUUAAAUAUACAACCAGCAAAAGCUGAGUCCAAAGACAACAAAGAGAUUACAUCCAUUUUAAAUGAAAUGAUUCAGUCUGACAACAGCUCCAGCGAUGGCAAACCUCUGGAUUCCGGGCUUCUGCAUAACAAUGACAGACUCUCAGAUGGAGACAAUAAAUACUCUCAAACCAGCCACAAACUAGUGCAGCUGCUGACAACAACUGCGGAGCAGCAGUUACGGCAUGCUGACAGAGACUCGAGCUGCAAAGAAGUACUGUCUUGCACAGGAACUUCCAACUCAGCCUCCUCUAACUCGUCAGGGGGUUCCUGUCCCUCCUCUCACAGCUCCCUGACAGAGAGACACAAAAUCCUGCACCGGCUCCUCCAGGAGGGUAGUCCCUCGGAUAUCACCACCCUGUCCGUGGAGCCUGAGAAAAAAGACCCUGCGUCCACUUCUGUGUCAGUGACUGGACAGGUGCCAGGGAACUCCAACAUAAAACUAGAACUGGAUACUUCAAAGAAAAAAGAAUCAAAAGACCACCAGCUCCUACGCUACCUUUUAGAUAAAGAUGAGAAAGAUUUAAGAUCAACCCCUAACCUGAGCCUGGACGAUGUAAAGGUGAAAGUGGAAAAGAAAGAACAGAUGGAUCCGUGUAACACGAACCCAACCCCAAUGCCCAAACCUGCCCCGGAAGAAAUUAAACUGGAGUCCCAGAGCCAGUUUGCAGCUGACCUUGACCAGUUUGACCAAUUACUUCCCACACUGGAGAAAGCUGCACAGUUGCCAGGCUUAUGUGAACCAGAGAGAAUGGACGGUGCAGUCACCAAUGUAGCCAUCAAAUCUGAGAUCCUGCCAACUUCUCUUCAGUCCAACACUGCCAGACCCACUCCCAGGCUGAAUAGAUUACCUGAACUGGAAUUGGAAGCAAUUGACAACCAGUUUGGACAGCCAGGAACAGGUGAUCAAAUUCCGUGGGCAAAUAAUACAGUGACAACAGUAAAUCAGAAUAAAGCAGACGACCCAUGUAUUAGUUCACAAUUAGAUGAACUUCUCUGUCCACCAACAACAGUGGAAGGAAGAAAUGAUGAGAAGGCUCUUCUUGAGCAGCUGGUAUCCUUCCUCAGCGGCAAAGAUGAAACUGAGUUAGCUGAACUCGACAGAGCUCUGGGAAUCGACAAACUUGUUCAGGGAGGCGGAUUAGACGUAUUGGAGAGGUUUCCACCACAACAAGCAACGCCCCCCUUGAUGAUGGACGAAAGACCCAACCUUUAUUCCCAGCCUUAUUCUUCUCCUUCACCGACUGCCAAUCUGUCGAGUCCUUUCCAAGGCAUGGUCAGGCAGAAACCUUCCCUUGGGUCGAUGCCUGUUCAAGUGACACCUCCCCGAGGCGCGUUUUCACCCGGCAUGGGCAUGCAGCCCAGGCAGACUCUAAACAGACCUCCAGCUGCACCCAACCAACUCCGACUUCAGCUCCAGCAACGAUUACAGGGGCAGCAGCAGUUGAUACACCAGAAUCGGCAAGCUAUCUUGAACCAGUUUGCAGCAACUGCUCCUGUUGGGAUCAACAUGAGAUCAGGCAUGCAACAGCAAAUUACACCUCAGCCACCGCUGAAUGCCCAGAUGCUGGCCCAGCGCCAGCGGGAGUUGUACAGUCAGCAGCACCGGCAGAGGCAGCUGAUCCAGCAGCAGAGGGCCAUGCUCAUGAGACAGCAGAGCUUUGGGAACAACCUGCCUCCCACGUCUGGACUGCCCGUUCAAAUGGGGAACCCCCGUCUGCCUCAGGGUGCCCCACAGCAGUUCCCCUACCCACCAAACUAUGGUACCAACCCAGGAACUCCCCCUGCUUCUACCAGCCCAUUCUCACAACUGGCAGCAAACCCCGAGGCAGCUUUGGCCAACCGCAACAACAUGGUGAACAGAGGCAUGGCAGGCAACAUGGGAGGACAGUUUGGCACUGGGAUGAGCCCGCAGAUGCAGCAGAACGUCUUCCAGUACCCCGGAUCAGGAAUGGUUCCCCAAGGUGAGGCCAACUUUGCUCCAUCUCUAAGCCCUGGGAACUCCAUGGUGCCGAUGCCAAUCCCUCCUCCUCAGAGCUCUCUGCUCCAGCAAACUCAGCCCACUUCUGGGUACCAGUCACCAGAGAUGAAGGCCUGGCAGCAGGGAGCGAUGGGAAACAAUGUGUUCAGUCAAGCUGUCCAGAACCAGCCCGCGCCCGCACAGUCCGGAGUAUACAACAACAUGAGCAUCACCGUGUCCAUGGCAGGGGGAAACACAAAUGUUCAGAAUAUGAACCCAAUGAUGGGCCAGAUGCAGAUGAGCUCUUUGCAGAUGCCAGGAAUGAACCCCGUGUGCCCUGAGCAGAUCAAUGACCCAGCGCUGAGACACACUGGCCUCUACUGCAACCAGCUCUCGUCCACUGACCUUCUCAAGACGGAAGCAGACGGAACCCAGCAGGUGCAACAGGUUCAGGUGUUUGCUGACGUCCAGUGUACAGUGAAUCUGGUAGGAGGGGACCCUUACCUGAACCAGCCUGGUCCACUGGGAACUCAAAAGCCCACGGCAGGACCCCAGGCCCCCCAGGCCCAGCAGAAGAGCCUCCUUCAGCAGCUACUGACUGAAUAACCACUUUUAAAGGAAUGUGAAAUUUAAAUAAUAGACAUACAGAGAUAUACAAAUAUAUUAUAUAUUUUUCUGAGAUUUUUGAUAUCUCAAUCUGCAGCCAUUCUUCAGGUCGUAGCAUUUGGAGCAAAAAAAAAAUAAAAAUAAAAAAAAGAAGAGAAAAAAAGUUCACUUUUGUUGGGAGAUUGAGAGGUGUUUUUGUUUCUUUAUUUGUAAAAGGCCUUGGAUAUUGACAAAAAUAACAAGGCAGAACAGUUGGACAAUCUAUUUCUUGAGCCAAAUUUCAUUAUUCUUAUUUUUGUAAUCAGUCAUUGGCUUCUUAUCUGGAUGAAGGCUUGGGGAGGAGAUCCCCAAAGGACCAGUUCUAAGGGGAAGACGAAGCUCCGCCUCCUCUGGUCAGUCGGACGCCAAGGAAAAAGGGCCGGUGGGCUCGGCCUGUGCCCCUCCGCCACGCUGCCCCGGCCACUCGAGACCCACAGCCCUUCCCUCCCCUCGGGCAGCUUGUGUACAAUCAGCUUCUUCUAGCAACUCUGCAUCUGUUGGCUCCAAGACAAUAUUUUGCCUCCACAUAUGUACCCCUUCUCCUUUUUUUUAAAGAUGGACUUAAGCCAAGAUGCCUCCAGGAACGGGGACAAAAUGAGUAUAUUCACCGAGGAAUCCAAAAAAGAUGCAGUUUGGGGGAAAAUGCAAUAAUGUUGAUGUGAUGGGUGAAGGACUAAAAGCAAGUCUUGUCAAUUACUGUAGAUACAAUUUUCUGAUUAAAUCUGGAAGGAAAAAGAAAAAAAAGACAGCCUGUUCUUUCUGCUUUCGUUGUAAUAAUGGCUGAGGUAGCUAAAGUUAUUUAAAAUAAAAUGAAAUUUAUGAUCCAAGUAGCUUAUUUUCCCCUUUAAUCUCACUGUAAAUAUAUUUGAUUUCUUGUAGUUGAUUUCCUUCUGUUUACUUUUCUGAGUUUAUGAUCAUACUCUUGAUUUCUCUGAAUGUGUGUGUGAACUGUCGCAUUGAUUGAAUCGCAGUUACAUUUGGCUAUUACUGCUUCGUUAGUUUAAUAACUGUGAUGCCAGUUACCGAUUUACUUUUGGGUCAGAUCAAAAUGCCCCUGCUGGAAAGAGCUGCUCGUGGUGAGCUGGAGCCCACUGCUGAGAGCAGCUCCGCCUCGGACCCCGUUCUCACCAGAAGCGCACAGGCUACGCAGAACAAGCGAAAAGUAGUGCUCAAAGAAAAUCUUCUGUUUUCAUUGACUUUUGGGAAUUUGAAUUUUCAUCCGUGCAAAAACGAAUUUCUCCUUCCUGCCCUGAGGCUCAUUGGUACCACAUUUUGCCUUGGCAUCUGUCAUUCUGCCACCUCUGGUCACAUCCUGGCCUCUAAGUCACGGACCCAGCGAAUGGCCUUUCUAGUUCGAGAAGUUCUGCUACAAGGCCAGGAAAACUGUAAUACCAGGAAAGCUAAAGGUAUUAUGGAUGAAGCAAAGGUAGCCCCCAUCUCUUGCCUUUACCUGCACCCCGGACCGGUGACCGAUGACAACAUCUGGCAUUGUGCACUCCUCCCUCUGCCGCUGGGGCAGAGAAAGGCCGUAAGAACUGACUCACGAUGAAAGGAACACGGACUCCGACAUCGAGGAAGAAGCCAUUUCCCCAGGUCCUCCGUUCUGAAUCUCAGAGUACCCCUGCCCCCCCAACAAUGAUGGAGCUGCAGAUAUCUCCUUUGGACAGCAUCUAUUCAGAAACUACUCCGAAUAUAAAGAUGGGUGGAAGGGCUUAUGUGGGUAGCAACUAUGAAACAAAAAACAGGACACUCAGUUACAAACAUUAUCUCUUUUAGUUUUCAGAAAGUGCAUCCCUGGUUUCAUUCAUUCCCCACUUGAAAGCCCGGCCAUAUUACUCUAGUCCCUGCCAAACUGCUCUAGGAGGUCAUUUCUGCUUUGUUUGUGAUUUGGUUGUGCAGACUUCAGGAAGUCCACUUUUCAGCAUUCCAGAUGAAGUUUCCUGACUCACUGCUUUUGCAGAAGGAACUAGAAAAAAAAAAAAAGGGAAAAAGUGGUAAGGAAAAUCAGAGAUGCUAACAUCGCCCCAUCCCAACUGCACCUUAAAAGUAUGCAUGUCACCUUCAAGGUUUUAUAAUUGCACUGUUUGUUUUAUGUAUGUACAGAUUAAAAUUAUUGCUACAUUUGAGGAAAAUAAAAUUGCUUGCUUCUAUGUAAUUCCUGUCAAUCUACAGGAAAUUCACUUUUCCAGCUACUGAAUAGAAUUUGUUAACAACCUCA